CGAAAGUAGUUAGUUUUAUUUUUAUUUUUAAAAAUAGAAUUUGUGCUGAAGAAGAAGCAGAAGAAAGACAUGAAUUUCGUGUUCGUGCAUCAGAUGAAUAUUAUCAAGAAAAUGGUCGUGUACCACGAGAAAAAAUUAGUGAACAACCAAAAUAUGAUAUUGAUGAAUAUUGGUAUGCUAUUCAUGUUUUACAAACACAAUAUAUAUUACAAAUAAUUCGUUGUAAUUCAGUUGAAUGUUGUAGACCAUGGCGUUCAAAUUAUGUUUCAGUAUUUCCUCAUCGAUUUUUAUCAGCACUUGUACCAUUUGAACGUACAGCAUAUGGUAUUAGAAUGGCAGAAAAAGAUUAUCAAAGAGGACAAUUUUAUGGAUCAUUAUUCCAAUGA